GGCUCCAUCUUGAGGAUUUGGCUUCAAUCAUUCACACAUACACUCACUCACACAUCUCCAAUAUUUUCCCAAAGUUAGGAAAUGCCAGAACAAACGGCAGCUUCCACUAUGUCCAAUCCCACCGUCGAUAAUUCCGAUCCCUACAAGUUCCUUAAACUUGCAUCCAAUCCGGACGGCACAAUCACACGCUUGACCAAAUUUCCCAGCAGCCCAGCCACUUGCGAUCCCAAUCUUCCCACCCCAAUUUUCACCAAAGACGUCCCCAUCAACCAAUCAAACAACACCUGGGUCCGAAUAUUCCUGCCCCGCCACCUGCUCGACCACUCCUCUGCAACCCCGCCCGCCAAGCUACCGCUCGUGGUGUACUUCCACGGCGGCGGGUUCAUACAGCUCAGCGCAGCCUCAACCAUAAUGGACAACUUCUACGUAAACUUGGCUACCCAAGUCCCCGUGAUCAUCGCAUCGGUGGAGUACAGGCUGGCUCCGGAGCACCGGCUGCCCGCUGCGUACGAGGAUGCGGUGGAAGCGCUGCACUUUAUCGAAACAGCCCCAGACCACUGGCUAAGGGACUAUGCUGACUUGUGGAAUUGUUACCUCAUGGGCAGCAGCGCCGGUGGCAACAUAGCCUACCAUGCGGGACUUCGUGCGGCUGCGGAAGCUGACGAUUUUCACCGGUUGAAGAUCCGAGGGUUGAUAUUGCAUCAACCGUUCUUCAAUGGGGCCCAGAGAAGCAGAUCUGAGUCAAGGUUGGAGAACAACCCCACGUUGCCGCUGAGUAGCAGCGAUCUGAUGUGGGAACUGUCGUUGCCCGUGGGCGUUGACCGUGACCAUGAGUAUAGCAAUCCAAUGGUGGGGGAUGGUUUGAGUGAGAGGUUGGAUCAAUUGAAGGCGGCUGGAUUCAGGGUUUUGGUGGCUGGAUCCGAUGGAGAUUUACUGAUUGAUCGUCAGAUGGAAGUGGCGAAGAUGUUGAAAGAAAAUGGGGUCGAAGUGGUGGAGCAUUUUGUUGAAGGAGGUUAUCAUGGGUUUGUUGACAAGGAUCUUUUUGCGGUUGUAAAAAGUUUCACAUCUUCUUCAUAAGCUGAGGAUGAUUCUUAGAAUAAAACUUGAUGCAGUUGGUGGUGGCGGCGGCCUCAAUCGUCAAACAAUAUGAGAUUGUUAUUCAUGCAAUUGUCAAACAAUAUGAGAUUUUGGGUGCAAGUUUAUAAUUGAAGUUGAUGAACAAUCGCAUGUAGAUGUAAAUUAGAGAAAAGGUAGACGAAAUGUCAUUGGCUAAUAUUGAAACCCUAA